AUGGAGGACCGUCCGAAGAGACUCAUACCCAGCCUCCCGCGCGACGCACGGGGUUCUCUGGAGAUCUUCAACCCUUCCGGGCUCUCCUCCACCGCGCCUCAGCAGGCCCCCACGUUCAUAUCGCCGUACACCGGCUGGUACCCCAAGCAGGAGCCACUCGAUGUCCCUGAGCGGCCCCCGUCGGAGGACUCCGUCCUGCCAUGGAUGGCCAUCUCCGAGGAGCCACCUAUCAAGGCCACCAUCUCCCUCUCCAAAGGGAUUGGUGACGCGGCUGCCUCUGCUCCCAUCUCCUCCGCGUCCGCCGGCGGCGGAGGGGACGUCUCUGCUGCGGCCCAGCGCGCCGCUGAGUGGGGGCUAGUGCUGAAGACGGACGAGGAGACCGGGAAGCCACAGGGCGUAGCGGCUCGCAGGUCCGAUGACGACAAAGGCAAGGGAGGACAGAGGAUCUCCGGGGCCUCUUACAGGAGCUCGGAAGACUCUGCUUCUGGUGUCGGAAAGGAAAUGGGGGGUAUCCCCAGGAUUUCCGAGGAUCUUCGAGACGCACUUUCCGCCUUCCAGCAGACUUUCGUGGUCUCAGACGCCACCAAGCCGGACUGGCCGAUCAUGUACGCUAGCGCCGGCUUCUACAAGAUGACGGGCUACCUGGCCAAGGAGGUCAUCGGCAGGAACAGGUACGUCCAUUCCAUCCUGGUACCCUUACGAGAUAGUUCAUGUCUUUGCCCCGAUUCUGAGCCAUGUAGUCAGCAGCAUAAUUCAGAAUUCUAUAGAACGUGCCGAGUAAUAGCAUCUCGUUCAGUUGUUCAUCCAGAGGGAUUAUCUGAACCACUGGAUCGAACACGUCGUUGACCCUCUGGAGACGCGAACUGGAUUACUCCGGUCACUAAUCUCGACUGCUUUACUAAUAUCUUGACAUCCGUCUGUUCUUCUCCAUAUAACUCGCUGGGCUUUAAAUGAUUUAAUGGGCAGCCGAUUCCUUCAAGGAUCUGGAACUGAUCCACAAGAAAUAGCAAAGAUAAGGGAAGCACUUGCGGCGGGAACGAGUUAUUGUGGUCGUCUGCUGAAUUACAAGAAAGACGGGACACCAUUUUGGAACCUCCUAACGCUUGCACCCAUCAAGGAUGAGUCGGGGAAGGUCCUCAAGUACAUCGGGUAAAUAGUUCAAAAGUUCACUUGCAGAAUCUCUCGUUGAUUUAAUUCCUGACUUGUGACUGACAUCUAUCACCCUAUGUAAUAUGGGGUUGCACCGGUAAUUCGAUGUUGCAUGGCUGGUUUCCAUUGUUGGGUUGUAGACCAUGGUCAUGGAUUUCUGUAGAAAUGUACGACUUUGCUGCUUGUCUUGACUUUCUGUUUUCCCGUAAUACUUUGUAGAAUGCAGGUAGAAGUUAGCAAGCAUACUGAAGGGGCCAAGGAUACAAUGCUUCGUCCUAAUGGUCUACCCGAGUCCUUAAUUCGUUAUGACGGUAAGCUGCAGCUUCUGCGUUCUCUCUUUCGUUACCAGAUAGACGAAUGAUUACACCUUGAUGAUGACCAUUUGGGCUCUACACUCAUUUCCCUUGCAUAAGGGGUUGUUUGUCAGUCAAAAAUUUAUUCGAUAACUAUUGUUUUUCUGAAAAAUCUUCGGCUUCUAUUCUUUUCUUUCCAGCUAGGCAGAUGGAUAGAGCUUCUAGUUCGGUCUCCGAGCUGGUGAUGGCUGUUAAACAGCCACAUAGACUAUCAGAAUCGGCAAAGCGUCCAUUUAAGAGGAGUUCUGAUGGUACAAGGGAGCUGCUGGGAGUUGAGGCCCUUAGAGGAAGAAAGUCGGAAAAUGUUGCUUCGCCUAGGCGCAGUUCGUUUGAUGCAACGAGGAGUUCAAUGGGGAAGAUUAGUGAGCUUCCAGAACGGGAAAACAAAGUGAAAAAAUUUAGUCUACGUGCUUUCAAGAGGUACAUUACUUAUUCACAUUUGUAUCACAUGGUUCCGGUAGAAUUUAUUCAUUUUAACUUCAUGAAGUUCUGAUUCUCAUCCUUAGUCAUAUUUUAAUAAUUUCUGCUAUUUUUUUUCCUUCUCAUCAUGUACUCUCUCUCUCUCUCUCUCUCUCUCUCUCUCGCUAAUGGUAAACAUUUGUCAAACCUCGGAAGUGGAGCAGUCAUGGACUCCGGGAAGGUUGAGGGGAGACUCGACUUAUUCAUUUGUCUAUUCUUUAUUUUUAAAUAGGAUGAUGCAUAUUUUACGAUGCCAAUCUCCCAUCCUGGAUUUUGUUGAGGGUCACAUUACCAGAAUACAAAUUUGAUUUUGGAUCUAUUACAAGUGAUAAUUCUAUUGUUGCUAUUUAUCAUAUUCUAUAUAUUUGGCUAGGAUAGUGAGUUAUUGUUUAGCAUUCUAAUUCUCCAUUUGCCUCUAAAAUUAUUGAUUUCGAGUCUUUGUAAACGCCAAUAUUGUUAUGAUUCUUGAUUUUGCUUCAAAGAUGUCGUGCACUUUUUUAACAUGGUUGUUGUGAUUAGUCUUUUGGGAUUUGGCCGUUCAAAUAAUCAGAAUCAACAUUUGGAUGUUACCAUGGAGGAAGUCCCCUUCGCUGAGGGUGAGGAUGAACGGCCUGAGAGUUUCGGUGGCGAAGAAAGGAAGAAAGAAAUGAGAAAAGGCAUCGAUCUUGCCACAACUCUUGAACGCAUUGAGAAGAAUUUUGUUAUUACAGACCCGAGAUUACCUGAUAAUCCAAUUGUAAGAUAUAUUUCUCUCUCUUCCUAGACCAACAUAAUUCUUUCUCCUCCUUUUUUCUCCGCUUUAACCUGAGGUUGAUCAUAGAUACUUAACGUUGUUUAUUAGUUUGUACAAAACAGUCAUUAAACUUUUCUUCUUCAGAUUUUUGCGUCAGACAGCUUCCUAGAGUUGACUGAGUAUUCACGAGAAGAGAUAUUGGGGAGAAACUGCAGGUACAUAACAUUGCUAUCCUUUUGUCUCCAAAAAGUGGAAUUUAACUUUUUUUGCGUCCUCUCUGAUGAGUUCAUACCAUCUUUUUAUUUUUUUGUUACUUUUGUGGUAAUUAGGAUUUACUCUAGACCGUUUCAAAAACGUUAUAUACCAUGUCAAUUUUAAAUACAAAAUGGAUAAUCUUUCAGAUGUUGCACUUUCCCCGAAUUUCACUUCUCCUAUUAUAUUUUACAGGUUUCUUCAGGGUCCAGAAACAGAUCGAGCGACUGUGAGGAAGAUCAGAGAAGCCAUUGAUACUCAAACAGAUGUCACAGUCCAACUGAUAAACUACACGAAAAGUGGUAUGGUACUUUUACGUUGUCUAGAUAUUGAUAUCUAAAAUUGUAGGUCUUGUACUCAUAUGAGUCCCUGUUUUUUUUUUUACUCAAUUGCAUUCGAAAAAAGGCCUUCCCCUUCCUAGAUUUAUCCAGACAAACAUUGUUCAUACUAGUUUUAUGAUCCGAAGUCCUUAACGGUAAUUAUUGUUAGGUUAGUUACACAUACCUUGGAAGAAAUUAAAACACGUGAUUUAAAUUUUUUGGUUGAUGGCCUAUUAAUUAUGAUUUGGAGUACUCAGUUCUCUCACAAAUAUCAGAGAAAUUGAUUCUCCUCCUUGGUUGUAUGUGUUCCCUUUCUAAUCCAUGCAGAAUAUCCUAAAUGGAUCGACUUUCGAAUGUUGUAAGAGUUCAAAAUUGGUUUGGAAAUAUUAUAACUUCUAGUUAAAAUAUAUGAACCUAAUUCGCUAUUGAAUAAUUAAUUUUAUAACUAAUUCUGUGAAAUUUCUGUUUGUUUAUAUCUUUUGAGCAUAAGAUCUUCCUGUCAUUGGCUGAUAUUAAAUUUAAUAUUUGUAUAUAAUUUAAAGGAAAUUAUUGUCAAUGAAAUGGUGUGAAGAUUUUAUAAAUGGUCUCCAACUCCAAAUCAUUUUUCUCUUUCUCUUUACGUUGGAACAUUAAUACGAAGUAAGUGCUGUUUAGUAAAGUGGGUUCCUACACAAUGAAACAGGAAAAAAAUUCUGGAACCUUUUUCAUCUGCAGCCCAUGCGUGAUCAGAAGGUAUUGUGACUUUAAACAUAUUUCCAACUCCUUGUUCCUAGAAUGCUCAUCUCAUUUCUUCUAAAUUCGAUUUCUUUUACGUAUACAAUACCUGUCAACAGGGUGAAGUGCAGUACUUUAUUGGCGUUCAGCUGGACGGAAGUGAACAUGUUGAGCCACAGUAUAACUGUAUUCCAGACGAUACUGCAAAAGAGAGCGAAAAAGUGGUAACGCUUUGUAUCUCGAUUAUCUUGCCAUUGUCUAUUCUAAUUUACUGUGGAUCUCGUUGUCCGAAGUAAAACUCCAUAUGGUAGUUUCCAGUUACAUAUUUGGCACGCUGAAUUUUUCUUGUUUAUUUGAUUUUCGAAUAUAACUGUUGAUUACAACUUUUAGUAGUAAAAAUAAAAUCCUCCUUUGUAUCUUUUCAUUGAUUAUUUCUAAAGUGACGCAACUUAUUGGUUAUUAAGGAUCAGCAUUCCCUUCCAGGGCAAGGGACUUCUAAAUUUUUCGUAGCUAUUAGAACACAGACCUUAGCAGAUGCGUGAUUGAGGAGUUUCCAUUGAUUUAACUAAUAAAGUCACUUCAGGUGAAAGAAACAGCUGAAAAUGUGGAUGAAGCGGUCAGGGAACUUCCAGAUGCUAAUUUGGUAAUUUUGUUGUGGACCACUCCCUCUUUGCUUUGUCAAAAACACAGCCGAAAUGAUUUUGAAUCUUUAUUUCUAUUGUGCAGAAACCAGAAGAUUUAUGGGCCGACCAUUCAAAGAUUGUCCUUCCCAAGCCUCAUAGAAGGGAUAAUUCAUCAUGGAGAGCAAUCCAAAAGGUAUGCAGCUGUUAAUAUGCUCUGUGGCUUUAAACGAAUUCCUUCACAACGAACACCUGUCUGAGUUUCGAGAUCACAUCAUCAAAUAUUUUAGUCAUCCAUCAAUCAUGCUGUAGGUAACCUUAAUUUAAAGGUAUAGAGUGUAAUAGAAGCAUUAACCUAUAUAUGAAAUUAAGAGAAGAUAACAAAUGCAGCGAGAACUUGUAAGAAAAAAAAAACUACUGCGAAAACUUGGAUGAAAAAUAUUGAUUUUUUUGCUUGAGUUUUCCAGAUCGUAAUUUCAAUUCUUUUAUGUAGAAAAUAUUAUCGUUAGAUCUUGAUCUUUAAGAGAGUCAUCUGCAAUCAGGCGAAAUACUAUCGAACUAGCGAUUCUUCUAUUAGGAUGACAUUGGAACUGUAAAGUCAAAGUGGGGAAAAAAAACUUCUGUUUUACGUGCAUGAGGUAUCAUUCUGGCAUACGUGGCAGGGAUCUACUGAGAGAAUUUGGUCUUCAAUAUCCUUUCCCAAUAUGUGAUAUUCUUGACGGACGUGGAAGCUUCUUCUGGCAAUCGUUAUUAUCUUUUAGUUCAAUCGUAUUUUUAUUUGAUCUCCUGAAAUCUUUAUUUUUUUUACUAUUUGUACACAUGCUCUGAUUUCGUACCUUUAAUUUGGAAUAUUAAGGUUAGCAUGUAGGUUCUAAUACAAAGAUGCCUUUCAGGUCCUACAGAAAGGCGAGCAGAUAUCUAUAAAUCAUUUUAGGCCAGUUAAGCCCUUGGGGUCUGGUGACACUGGCAGGUAUUGUUUUGGAAAUGGUCAUUGUUCCUGUUAUUUUUAUUGUGAUGCUGAGAAUUUCCUGUAUAAGAUACACCUUUUGUUUCCCUUUUCGACAAUUUCUGCUUUUCUCCCCCAUGAAAAGUAACGAGCAUUUUGAGAACAGAUAUCGGAAACUAUUUCCCCUUCCCCUGUGAUGUUAUGCAAUAAUCAUUUAUUCCAAACUCUUACUAUGAGGCACAAUUCGUGUAUUCUGAAUUAUUGGGCUUUGUAUGACAGUGUCCAUUUGGUAGAAUUGGUGGGAACGGGAGAAUAUUUUGCGAUGAAAGCUAUGGACAAAAGCAUCAUUUUUAAUCGCAACAAGGUACCGAGCAUAAUUUUUUUUAGUUGAUUUGAAAUGAGAUGGACUGAUAUUUUUAGAGUCUACUGUUCUUCGUAUUUCACUAUAUUUUCCGACCUUACUAUAUCUGGGUGUGUUGAAAUAUGGCUAAAUUUAGUACUAUAGUUUUAACCUAACUUAUGACAUUUAGUUUCGUUAUAGUACAUCCAUUUUAUUGGUUUUAAUAACUUAAAGGUUUACGCAAAUAUGUGCAAUAUAUUAGUUUGGGUACUCAAGAAAUAAUUAAACAAGAUAUUUAUCGAUGUUUGGACAUCAAAGAAAACAUUCGAACUCAUAGGAUUUACGUUUUUCAUUAUUUUUCUGUUUUUUUCCCGCUGAGAAUUUCUUAUGUUUUAUUGUCGCGAAUCUCUCUCUGCUUUUCUAUAUAGUGAUACUUUUCUUCAGAGGUUUUCUAUAUAAAGAGGCUGUGCUGUUCCACCAGUUGUUCAUAGUGUUAGUUAUAUAUAUUUACAGACGCAUAUUUUUCAAUUCUUUGUUUUAGGUUCACAGGGCACGCGCUGAAAGAGAAAUUCUUGACAUGCUGGAUCAUCCCUUUCUUCCUACAUUAUAUGCCUCUUUUCAGGUACGUCAGUCCAUGGUUUAUUUCCGUUAGAAUGUUUGAAAGGUCUAAGGAGAUAAAAGAUUCUGAUAAAUUUACACAGAAUAUUCCAGCUCAAUGUGCAUGUAAGUUUUUAAUUUAAAUCAUUUAACCAUCAUAUAGAAUUAUUCUGUUGCUCCCUAUCAAAAUAACUAUGUCAAAAAAAACGUAUAUUAUACCUGGUUAAUAUUAUACCCAGCUAUGAUUUUUAUUCUUUUUUUGUGAUUCGAAAGCUUCAUUGGUGUUCCAAAUUCAAGCAUUUGAGUUUCAGUUAGCUCGUGAAGUGAAUACCAUGUCAACAUUUGUUACUUGUUUCUUCCUUGUAUAUUCAUCCCUUGGAGAUUUCGAUUCCUGCACUCACUUUUGUAUCUCUUAACAUACCUGAGUUCAUUAAACUUAUAAUGUCUUUUUCUAGACAAAGACACAUAUAUGUCUGAUAACUGAUUACUGUCCUGGUGGAGAGCUCUUCAUCCUUCUAGAGAGGCAGCCUCUGAAGGUUCUCAGAGAAGAUGCUGUAAGGUAAAGAUGCUUUUAUUUGUAAUUCCAAUAUCACAUCAAAGUUCAUGUUACAUUUGAAAUUUUGCGCAAAAUAUGAGUUUGAAAUCUCAUUGCACUAGUUUUCAUAUGGUUCCAGUUUACAUCCACGUUUGACCUUUGUGGCGUCAAAAUUACAAUAGCGAAAUCUAUGAUUUACCUAUCUUAGAAGUCUAAUCCUUUGGGGAUCUUUAUUUUCAUUAAGCAGUAUAAUAUUCAUAAAACACUUUUCUAAUAUCUUUUGAUCACUAAAGUAAGUUUACUUGAAAGGAAUUUGGUAGAUUUCUCAUUUUAUCAAAGGUUGACUCACAUCAAAUCAAAAAUUUAAUUUUUGUACAACAAAUCUUGAGAUAAGGGUUUUGUACACAGUUUUGACCCUCUGAGAACGUAACUCUGGAUUCUCCUUGUCCAUCACUAAGUAAAAAUUUGUCUAAACAUGUUAUAUAUUGGAAACAUGAAUUUCCGUCUUAUGAUUUUAUUUAGCUUCAGUAAGAAUAAUAACACGUCAAAAUGUAGAGCCACAGUUAGUUAUCUAUCCAGCAUCACCCCGCAUUUAAUUGUUACUUUUGUGACAAAAAUUCAUAUAGUCAAAAAUUGUCAUGACUAUUGUCAAGUGAAGGAAUAUUAGGGAUUUUUUUCAUCAUUUCGGUAUUUUUUGGUAAUUUCCAUUUUCUAUGAGGAUCAAGGAACUGAUUACUGUGUCCACAGUAUACUUCAACAUUUCUAUGGUCUUUCCCUUUGGAUUUCUGCUACGUGAGACUACACUGAGAAAUGUAUGAAAAUAGUUUUGUACCGAAUUCGAUAAUUUUAUUUUUUUUGGGUAAAUGUUACUGCGAGAAGUUUGAUUGAUGUUCAUUUAAAGAGGCUUUGGUGCUAAUCAUUGUUAUUACAGAUUCUAUGCUGCGGAAGUUGUUGUUACGCUAGAGUACCUUCACUGUCAAGGUUGGGAACUCCUUCAUAGUCUUAGUAUGUUAACUUUUCUUAAAUAUAACUAACGUUUGCCACUCGGCAUAAUAAAAUAUUUGCUUCCAUGUGGAAAGUACAUCAGAUAGUAAUUCAGAAUCUAGCACAAUCUGGCUUAGCUUGAUAGAGGAGGUGGAAAAAACAUGAUCAGGUCUAAUAGUUCUUACAUAAACAUUACCACCCAGUUGUGAGGAAUCGUAUUACAACGCACUGUAGGUAUAACCUUGGAUUUCAAAACUUGGGCUGCUAAUAGUAAGAUGAAACUCUAAAUCAUGAAGUACACGAAAAAGGCGAAAUUUAAAUAUAUAUCUUUUUAUCAUAUCAGAAAAUCGAGGCUCGAGAUUCUGCCUUUCUUUUGGAGGAAAAAAUUGGUGAAUGAAAACUUGUACUCUCCUGCAUAUAUAUUCCGGCACACCUUAAAACUAACAAUUACCUGCAUCUAAUAUUUUUGUGUGAUUAUAACCUUUUGUAUGCACGCGAAUGACAUGAUAAAAAAGUAAUAAAUAUUUUGAUAAAUAUAAGAGGGAAAGUAACUCAACAUAUUUUAAUGUAGGGGUUUGUAGACUCGUCUGACUUAUCAUUUACAUCAGGAUGCGGGUCCAACCAUCUUGGUAUCUUAACUUCAGGAGAGAUUAUGAUGUAAGACCUUUGAGACUUUGAGAGGGUAGGAACCUCAAAAAAUGGUUACAUAUUUAGAAUUAUGUGCUGAAAGUACACACUAGGUUAUUCUAUUAUUAUGGUUAGUGACUCAAUUGUCAUCUUUUCUGAAACUCUAAUGAACAGACGACAUAUUUUGUGAAUUCUUAAUGGGAUAAAUAUACCAUGGCAUAUUCUUGUCUCUCUGUAAUGUACAACGAGGAUAAAAAAUGUGCUACCUUUUUUACAUUACCAUCAUAAUAUUCCACAUUCGUGUGCAUUCUUCAAAAAAAAUCCUCUUAAUGGAAUCCAUUGAUAUCCAUGGUGCAAUGGAAAAUGAUAUACAUUCAAACUUGGUACUUUUUUUUAUGCAGCCAUGUUUCUAAGUCAUGUUAUUGUGAUGAUUCUCCAGGUAUCAUUUAUAGAGAUCUGAAACCAGAAAAUAUCUUGAUCCAAAGCGACGGGCAUAUAUCCCUCACAGAUUUUGAUCUGUCAUGCUUGACAUCCUGCAAACCGGAGGUAAUUUAAUUCAAAAGAAAAUUUACUGUACCUUUGUUUCUUGUUUAGAUAUCUAGUUUUUAAAAUAACAGUUGAAAUUUUUGGUGCUAAUCAUAAUGGAUCAGUUAUUCCAUUAAACGAUGAAGACUUCAUUGAUACAAUGUACUACUAACACCUGAUCUUGACCGAAAUUUUUAGUGCAUUUCUCAUGCAAGUGCCAUAUUUUAUAAAUUAACAUUUCGCUUCCUAUGCAGCUUCUAAUCCCAAAUAUUCCGGACAAGACGAAGCAGAAGAAAAGGAAAUAUAUCCCACCAAUAUUUAUAGCUGAGCCAAUGCGGGCAUCAAAUUCUUUUGUCGGAACUGAAGAGUAUAUUGCACCCGUACGUUUUUCUCUUGGAUCUGAGGCUGAGCUUUUUCGUUUUGAUUUAUGACCAUUCUUUGCCAUUUAUUUGCACCAAGGUGAUAUAUGGAGUUUUAAAAAAUAGUACAUUUGAGAAAUAACAGCCUCAAAGAGUUGAAACGUGCUCCGGUUUGCCUUUUUUUAUAUAGUUGAUUGAAGUUGUACUAAAGGAGAGUGACUAGAUAAAAGUGUCGUAUUCGAAGGACCAUGCAAACCACUUUCAAUGAAGAAGAAAACUAAAAGUAUUAGUAACAACACGAAAGUGAAGUUGGGAAUCUUGUUUAUAAUACUUGGUUACUUCAUUCUUUAAUUGAACUACAACAUCUCAUUGUUGUGCGAAUGACAAUUUAAGUCAUCCUGUAAAUUCGAUUUAGGAUAAUAUGCCUACACACUACCUAUUUUUCUUGUUAAUUUUAGUGACUCCGCAUUAAUGCUUCGUAGAAGUUAGCUAUUCAACGGCUGGGCAAUCAUGUGCAGGAAAUCAUCACUGGAUCAGGCCACACGAGUGCAGUUGAUUGGUGGGCACUUGGUAAGUAUCCAUUUACUUUCACUGAUGAAUUUUUUAGCACUACCAAUGUCAUCAUCCUCUACAGAGAAUAAACUAUUUAGCAAUUCAUUUCUAGAACCCGUUUUCACAAGUUUGAAACCCGGAGUGUGGAAAAGUUACACCUAACCGUAGCAUUUGAUUAAACAGUGAUCGUCAUCAAAUUGCCUAAAUUGUAACUAUGCCUUCCUUACUAUUUCGUUGUUUCGAGUCCGCACUAGAGCAAAUGGAAAGAUGAAAGACGCAUUUUACCGUGAGGGAAUGAUCUGAGGGUUGAUUUCUGUAAUCGAUGUUCCCAUCCAUGGGGAGAGCUAAGCUAUUAUGGGACCUGACUUGCUUUAUCGUUGACUGUGGUUUUUACUAUGACUCAACUCGAUGCACAAUGAUCAAAGGUUCCACCACCUUCAGUGCUUAUUUUUUUAUUUUUGCAAGUUUUAUGUGGCGAUUCUUUCCUUUUAAGGCUAGAUGUUUGCGGGUAAAGUGUUAUGUUCGAGUCCUGAUAUUCGAUUCUUUUGGGGAAUCGGGAGCAAACUAAAAUCUACCUAGCGUUCAGUAAAAGGUAAAAAUAAAAAAACUGUUGACAAGCUCUGUGAAUGAAGUAUCAUUGGAUCAUGUCCAGCUUAAAGGCCAAGAUAUUUGAAUAUGUGUUGAAUUAUAGAUUUAUAUGCCUGUGUAGCCAAUUAGUCUACAACUUUAUUUGCCAUAGUCUAUGGACUAGAUUCUUACAAAGGGCAUUAUGUGCAUGAGUCAUUAUAUCAAGGGAUUUCCCCAAUUAGCAGCCUUCUUGUAUUAUCUUGUUCUUUAAAUUCUUAGCAACUGCUAGUAUUUCUGAGGAAGUGCUAUUAAUAAAAAUAUUGCAAUGUCAGGAAUUCUUAUUUAUGAGAUGCUCUACGGAUUCACACCAUUUAGAGGGAAAACAAGACAAAAGACAUUCGCCAAUAUUCUUCACAGAGAUCUCAAAUUCCCUGCCAGCACCUCGGUGAGUUCUUGAUCAAUCAUGCACAGAGAGUGGCUGCAUUUUCCGUGAAAUUCUCUCAUUUGGUUACUCAAAAAACACACCACUCCUAAGAUGAAAGGCAAGAUGCAAUCUAAUGGAAACAAUGACAUUUCCGAGGGAGACACCGAGAGUUGAAGCUUUUAGAGACCGGGAGUAUCAACUUAAACAUAUCUCACUCUCACGCAUUGCUGUACAACGGAAAAUCAUCCCACGGAUUAACUAGCCUGCACUAUGAACCUGCCGAUAUAUUGGGAUCUUUCCAUCGGAGAUCAUGAGUAUUCAUCACAUAUAUUCACAAGCCAGCGUUUGCGUGAUUCCAAGUAAAGGUGGCGAGUCAAAAUUAGGAUGUUAAUCCAGCGUAUUCAUGUGCAUCGAACAAUCGUGCAUUCUAAGUUUCUCAAUCAUCCCAGGCUAUUAAUCGUGCAUUCUGUCUUCACAGGUGAGCAUCUUUGCCAGACAGUUUAUGAAUCAGCUUCUGCACAGGGAUCCAGCAAAUCGGCUAGGUUCACAUGAAGGAGCCAAUGACAUCAAGCAGCACCCGUUCUUCCAUGGAGUCCAUUGGGCUCUCAUUCGAUCCACGGUGAGAUCAUUGAUCAUCAGCUAUAAAUUGGACGGGUCUUGCUGAUUCUACAUGUUACCCCCUAAAACCGUGCGUUGACUUUAUGUGCUGCCCAUCCAGAGACCACCUCAGCUCGAUGUGCCUCCGUUUGGGAUGCCCGAAGCUGAGGAGUACAAACUGGCAGACCCUAAACUUGCUGAUGUCGAGGUAGACGUCUUCUAG